CCAUUUUUCAACUGCCCCCAAAGAAAGCCUUCAGAAAACGAAGACAAAAGGGGAAAGCUCUCUUCAAGGUCGCUCAUGGCGGAGUAAGGGUUUCUCCUAUGACAUCGCCAACCCUUUUUUUGCCAUCGUCUCGUCCCCGAUCGUUAAACCCCCCACCUUCUUCGAUAAAUCUUGUAGGGAAUCUCGCUUAUGCUUCCGAUUCGACUGAGCGAAUCCAAGUCUGAGUUUUUCUUCAUGAGAUGGCCUCUUCCCAGCAUGUUGAAGUGGAGGCAGCCAAACUUUUGCAUAAACUUAUUCAAGAGUCAAAGGAUGAGCCUGCAAAAUUAGCAACGAAGCUCUAUGUUAUAUGCCAGCAUAUGAAAUUAAGCGGAAAGGAGCAGUCAUUGCCAUAUCAAGUUAUAUCAAGGGCAAUGGAAACUGUUAUCGGGCAGCACGGUCUUGAUAUUGAUGCUUUGAGGUCUUCUCGAUUUUCAUUUGCUGGUGGGACUUAUAUGGGGGAUCCAGGAGAGAUGAGAUCAAAAGACAGUCAGACAAUUGAGAAUCAGUUACCUACCGGUGGAAUUGAUAUGCCUCAUAAAAAUAUGCCCCCUAGCACAUGGCAAGUUGCAUCAAGUAGUCAAAUGAAGGAAGAAGCUUAUGCUGGUUCUUUCCAGGCUUAUGGUAUGCAGAAAGAUUCUUUAGCAGCUCCGGGGGCAGCAGAUAUGACUAGGCAUGAGGUACUUGUUUCAAACAGGCCAGCUUUGGGAAUAAGUAGGAUGGACAGUAUGGGACCUGUUCCUCAUCAAGGGUCUGUCUCUCAGAAAAGCAGCAAGUCAUCUGAGCAUGAAAGUCCAGCUAGCAUACCAAUGGAGGACAUCGGAUCUGCAAACUCCCAGGAAAGGCAUGACACUUCAAAACCAGAUCAAGUGAACAAGAAAGAAGUUAAAAAAUCUGGUACCAAGAGAAAAAGGGCCGACUCAAAAGCGGAUACUGAUGUGCAUUCUGAUAACCCUCUGCAGAUAGAUGUUCUCGCUACAGGACAUAACUCAAGAAAGGGGAAGCAGAUAAAUAAAGGUGGCAUGCAGGGUCCGUUUGCCAUUGAAGGUGGUGAUAAUGAACAAGGAAAUCCUGUUCAAUAUAUUGGUCAAUUGGAACACUUUCCAUCAUUAUCUAGUGGUGCUGGGUCAUUAUACAAAGCCAAACUAGAAAAUUCUCAGGCUUUCUCAGAGAGGACUAUGGACAAAACUAAGAGCUCAAGUUCAUUUCCUGUUACUCAUGCUUCCAGACUUUCUGAAGAAGUAUCUUCUGCACAUAGUGUUUUUGGGCUGCAGAAAGGAGGUCUACAGCCACCUAGGACCAAUACUCUUGGUUCCGCUUAUGUCUGGAACCAGUAUAAGUUCCCACUGUCAUCAGAAAACUCUCAAGGUUCUGGUCCUGUUUUUAUGGAAACUUCUCCUGGAGUCAAUAAUGAAGCUAUUUAUACUGGAAAUGGACCAAAAAUCAAUUCAAAUGAGGCAACAAAUGAUGGCUCAAAGCUUGUAAACUUGCCUGCAAAUCAUGCACAUGGUAUUGGAAGACUAAAUGUAGGAACAUCUGGUGCUUUCAACUCUUUUGCUAUGGCAAAGAUGGGUUUUCCUGCUCCAGCACAUUAUUCGGGUGCUACGUUUGAUGGUCAUGAGUUUGCUUCAAAAAUGCACCUACAAAGAAGUUUUGAGGUCUCAGGUUCUCAGUUGUCAGAAAAGGGCAAGGAUGUGAUUGCUGUCAAUACUAGCAUUGAAUUCCCCUCAGGUGUUUCUGCUAAAGCUACAGCUGAUUCGGAGAUCAGGAAGUCUGGUAUCAUGAGAGAUGGAGCAUCCCGAUUUUCCCAGAAGUUUUUGGAAGCCCAGGGAGGUGGAAUUCAAGAACGACAGAACGAGGAUAUUGUUCCAGUGAAAGCUGAGACAGUUCAUCAAAGUAGUCAGCAUUUCUUUGCUAAACCAAAGUCAGAUACCAAAUUAUAUGGUGGACCAACUAAUCAUGCAGAUAUAAAUACUCUAAGAAGUGCAGCUCCUAAAGAUGUUGGAGUGGGUCUUACAUCUCAGGCCUCUUCUUCUUCGAACAUGCCUUUUAAGGAACAGCAAUUGAAACAGCUUAGAGCUCAGUGCCUUGUAUUUCUUGCAUUCAGAAAUAAUUAUGUGCCUAGGAAGCUCCAUCUUGAAAUUGCACUUGGGCGAAGCUACUCCAAAGAAGGUGUCAGUGCAGAUGGAACUCACAAAGGCUUGAGUGACUGCAGGGCAGCAGAUGCAUCUACGAAGGAGGCUGGUAACAGUCUCGAGAGCUCUAUUAUGUUCUGUAGGGCAAAUGAUAUUGCCAAAAUACCACCAAGUACUUUAUCUACUGGAAGUAUAGUGGAAACAGACUCAUCAUCCAAGGAUACAGAAAACACAAAGAAGAAGAGCAAGAAAUGCCCAAAUUCAUACAGUUCCAUGAUGGCAGAAGAAAAUAGGCGACCUCCAGUUUUUAAACAAAAAACAGAUUCAGAAAUACGGUCUCAGGAAACUGCAGAAUCACGUGCAGUAUCUGUCAUGCCACAAGAGUCGGACUCUCUGAUACAUGCUGGAAAAGGUGCCUCAGACAAUCAUUGUGAUAGGAGUGGUCCAGAGAAUGCUAAGCAGCAAGCUGCCUGGACAAACCAGGUUACAUCUGUUUUUGGUGUCAAUAAGCUGCCUCCCAAGCCUGAGGGGGCUAUUGCAACAAGAACCAGUAUUUAUGAUGUCCCUUCUAAAGAUUCACUGGCAAUGCCGUUGAUUCAUCGUAAUCAGUCUCAAAUCAUCGGUGGCAGUGAUGGUUCAGGCAAGUUACUUAAGCCAGAUUCUCCAAUGCCAGAGUCUAACUCACUGGCAGAUAAAUACCAGUCUUUGGUACCAGUAAAAGAGCAGAAUCUGCAGAUUAUAGGAAACAAAGUUGAAAACUUCAAGCACAUGGUGAACCCUUCAAAGGAUGCAAACAUGUUUUUCACUCAUGUUAAUUCUGCAGAAAAGCUUUUUGCAGCUUCUGAGUCGAUAAUAUCUAAUUGUCCACCUAAUAUUUAUGCCGGAAGUAGUGAGCUGAACGAAAAUAGGGUUUCUGUUAUCCAAAAACAUUGUGGUUCUGAUGGAUUCAAGACUUUGACCAUCAAUGAUACAGUAAAACAUGGAAAUUUGGUGACAAUGCUGGAUAAAUUUGCUGAUCAAGAAGAGGGCAACAAAUCAUCAUCUGAUGAGAUGCCUCCUCCUCCAAAGUACACUACCUUAGAAAAGUGGAUGAUGGAUCAGCAGAAAAGGAAACUUGUUGAAGAGCAAAAAAGGGUGUUAAAGCAGAGGAAGGCUGAGGAAAGAAUUGCGGCAUGCUUUGACAAGUUAAAGGAAUGUGUGAGUUCAUCAGAAGAUAUCUCUGCCAAGACAAAAAGUGUGAUUGAAUUGAAAAAGCUUCAACUUCGAAAGCUUCAACGUCGUUUACGCAGUGAUUUUCUGAAUGAUUUUUUCAAACCCAUUACGUCUGAUGUGGAGCGUUUGAAAUCAUUCAAGAAACAUAGACAUGGAAGGAGAAUGAAACAACUUGAAAAAUUUGAACAGAAAAUGAAGGAAGAGAGGCAAAAGCGAAUUCGUGAAAGACAGAAUGAAUUCUUUCGUGAAAUAGAAAUCCACAAGGAGAAACUAGAGGACUAUUUCAAGGUCAAGAGAGAGCGCUCUAAGGGUUUCAAUAGAUAUGUGAAAGAGUUUCAUAAAAGGAAGGAACGAAUACAUCGAGAGAAGAUUGACAGAAUCCAGCGUGAGAAGAUUAAUCUACUAAAGAACAACGACGUGGAGGGAUAUUUGAGAAUGGUUCAGGAUGCAAAAUCAGAUCGUGUCAAACAACUCCUUAAAGAGACAGAAAAGUAUCUUCAGAAGCUGGGUUCAAAGUUACAGGACGCUAAGGCGAGGGCAAGACGGUUUGAUAUGGAAAUGGAUGAGAGCCGAGCAGUUAACUUUGUUGAGAGGAAUGAGGAUGCAGAUGACAACGAAUACGAAUGUGACCAGGCUCAGCAUUAUCUGGAAAGCAAUGAAAAAUACUAUAAGUUGGCUCAUGGUAUAAAAGAGAUCAUCAAUGAGCAGCCAGCUUCUCUCCAGGGUGGAAAAUUGCGGGAGUAUCAGAUGAAUGGUUUGCGUUGGUUGGUCUCCUUGUACAAUAACCACUUGAAUGGGAUUCUAGCAGAUGAAAUGGGACUUGGAAAAACUGUUCAAGUCAUUGCUCUGAUAUGUUAUCUUAUGGAAACAAAAAAUGAUAGGGGUCCAUUUCUAGUUGUAGUACCAUCAUCUGUACUCCCUGGAUGGGGAUCUGAAAUGAGCUUCUGGGCACCUGGUAUAAACAAGAUCACAUAUGCUGGUCCUCCGGAAGAGAGGCGUAGGCUAUUCAAAGAAAUGAUCAUACAUCAGAAAUUCAACGUUCUUCUGACGACUUAUGAAUUUCUGAUGAACAAACAUGAUAGACCGAAGUUAAGCAAAAUUCAUUGGCAUUAUAUAAUAAUUGAUGAAGGUCAUCGCAUUAAGAAUGCGUCCUGUAAGCUCAAUGCAGACCUGAAGCAUUACCGGAGCUCUCACCGCUUGCUCUUGACUGGAACGCCUCUACAGAACAAUCUUGAGGAGCUGUGGGCACUGCUUAAUUUCUUGUUACCUAAUAUUUUCAACUCAUCAGAGGAUUUCUCUCAAUGGUUCAAUAAACCAUUUGAGGGUAGCGGUGAUAACAAUCCUGAUGAAGCUUUACUUUCUGAGGAGGAGAAUCUUUUGAUUAUAAACCGUCUUCACCAAGUUCUUCGACCUUUUGUACUUCGAAGGCUGAAACAUAAGGUUGAGAAUCAGUUGCCUGAGAAAAUUGAAAGACUUAUAAGAUGUGAAGCUUCUGCUUAUCAAAAACUUUUAAUGAAAAGAGUGGAGGAGAAUCUUGGUGUAAUUGGAAAUUCAAAGGGUCGUUCUGUGCAUAAUACUGUGAUGGAAUUGCGCAAUAUAUGCAAUCACCCAUAUCUCAGCCAACUUCAUGCUGAAGAGGUUGAUACUUUGUUACCUAAACAUUAUUUGCCCACUUUUGUGAGACUUUGCGGAAAGCUUGAGAUGUUGGACCGUUUGCUACCCAAACUCAAGGCAAAUGAUCAUCGGGUUCUAUUUUUCUCCACGAUGACCAGAUUGCUUGAUGUUAUGGAGGAAUAUCUGACUUGGAAACGUUAUAAGUACCUUCGUCUGGAUGGACACACUUCCGGACAGGAUCGUGGAGCUCUCAUUGACGCAUUCAAUCGUCCUGACUCAGAGUUUUUUAUAUUUCUCCUAAGUAUUCGAGCUGGAGGAGUAGGAGUAAAUCUUCAAGCAGCUGACACUGUCAUCAUAUUUGACACUGAUUGGAAUCCGCAGGUUGACCUGCAAGCACAGGCAAGGGCCCAUAGGAUUGGCCAAAAGAAGGAUGUACUUGUUCUACGGUUAGAGACGGUCCGCACUGUAGAAGAACAAGUUAGAGCUGCGGCUGAGCACAAACUGGGUGUUGCUAAUCAGAGUAUAACGGCAGGCUUUUUUGACAAUAACACAAGUGCUGAAGAUCGAAGGGAAUAUUUGGAAUCCCUCCUUAGGGAGUGCAAGAAAGAAGAGGCAGCUCCUGUGUUAGAUGAUGACGCUCUCAAUGAUCUCCUAGCCCGCAGUGAAUCUGAGAUUGAUGUUUUUGAAUCUGUUGACAAACAAAGGCGUGAAGAUGAGAUGGCAGCAUGGCAGAGAUUGGUUCAGGGGAGUUCAGCCGAAGGGUUGGAGCCAUUAGCCAUGCCUUCUCGUCUUGUUACAGAUGAGGACCUGAAACCUUUUUUUGAAGCUAUGAUGAUAUAUGAAUCCUCAAACGUCAAUGUAAAAAGACAAGGCGAGUAUAUUGGGGGCCUUGACACACAUCAAUAUGGAAGGGGUAAACGGGCUCGUGAGGUCCGUUCUUAUGAAGAUCAGUGGACAGAAGAAGAAUUUGAAAAACUUUGUCAGGUUGAUUCGCCUGAGUCAUCCCAACCUGCAGAAGUACCAAAAGAACCAUGCCCCAUAAAUGAUUCAGGUGGCCUGAAGGUGAGUGCCCGAGAGGUGCAGUCAUCUUCAUCAAAAAAUCUGUCAGCUACGUCCAAAGAGUCAUUGCAUCCACGUAAGGAGCCACCACCUCCAGCAAAAAGGGGAAGGGGUAGACCAAAGAGAGGGGCAACAAGUGUCGCACCAUCUCCAGCUGCUCCACCAUCAAAUAUUAUCAGCAAACAGGAAACAGGACCUCAGAGAGAAAACCUUUCUGCUUCCUCGACAGUUGGUGGUGUAGGUCCUGUUUCUAUAGAAGAAACUACUGGGAGUGCACAGCAUGAGAUUGGUGUAGCUGCUACAGCUUUUCUGCCAUCACCUGGCCCUCAAAUGGCAGUUCAAGCUAAGCGCCGGAAGACUCAGACUGGAGAAACACCUCGAGGACGAGGCAGAAAACAGAAGUCCGUGUCUUCUACUGCUGGAGCUCAAGCUAAUAUGGUUACCGGACCUCCAAAGGGUACUGAAGCAGCAAAUAAUACAUCUGCAAUUUCUGCAUUUGCCCAGGAGAGUCCAAGUGUUGAUAAAAGUUCAGGAAUUACAAAUGCACCUCCUGUGUGUCACCAGGUUAACCCUAUUUCAGGAUUGCCAAACAUUGUUGACGUGGCCUCUGGCAAAGCCUCCAGUUCACUGCAAACACCUGAGAAAUUUAAGAAUAUCUUACCUGCUGAGGACAUAAGACAAUCAGGAAGGGGAAUUCCUGCUCAUGAUAUUAAAGCAGCUCCUAUUGGAACAAAAUUGACUGCAAGUGCAGAUAGUAUGAGCUUUAUGCAGUCAAAGAUGCAUGAUAAUGUGAAAGGUGUUAUGGUGCAAGCUGGUCCAGGGCAAAUGUUUGUGCCAUCUGCAUCUGUGAUGCCUGUGUUUGUACAAAAUUUGAAAGACAGAAGAAAUCAUGUGGGGACAGAUGAGGCAUCUACUGAGGUGCAGAAACCAGCUGAAAUGCAAGAUGAAUAUUCUCUUCUAGGUACCCAGAAAACAAUACCGGGUUCUGAUGUUAAGUCAACUGAGAAGCAGGGUCCAACUGAGAAAAAAGAUGAUUCUUCUCUUGCAAGCAUGCAGAAAACAAUGACUAGUGUUGAUAUUAAAUCUAGUGAGAAAAAUAAGCAAGUUGAAAAACAAGAUUAUAGUUCUAUUCGAAGUGUCCAGAAAAUGACGACGAAUCCUGAUGUUAAAUCCUGUGAAAAGCAGAAAUUAGUUGAAAAAUUGCAUGAUGCUUCACUUCAAAACAUCCCUAUAAUAGAACCUCAUUGUGAUGCCCUUAAGAAUAGCCCUAUGAGUGGUGCAAGUGGUGACAAAGCCACCUCAAGUGUUGAACUACCGUGCCUGACACCUGUUGAAGUAAUCAAACACCAGGAAAAUGUAAACCUUGACAUAGCACCAGGUACAUUAUCCGAGAGCAUGAAGCAUGGAACAGUACUCGUUGCAGUCCCUUUAGCUCAAAUGCAAUGUUCUUCAGUCCCUAAUGUGAUCCAAAAUGGACCUGGGAGCAAAGCUUCAGUUACAAGGAAAAAAGCCACUUCUCGUGAACCAAGAAGUAGAAGCAAUUCUUCAACAGCAGCAUGUGAACGCCGUGCUCGACUUGCAGGGUUGAAGCAGUUAGAAGGGUCAAGGAAGACAGAUAGUAAGGGAAAAUCUGUGAAGGUAAACACUUUGAGAGAGAAACAGGAGACUGAUAACACUAAAGUAAGCCCUGCUACAUUUGGCACGGUUUCUGGGUUGGAAGAGAAAUUGCCAAAGAUUCAGGUCCCUGUUAAACUUUCUUUGCAGAUGGAAAUUUCAUCUGAAAAGUCAGAGUUAUCCAAACAAUAUAACAGGCAGUCUGAUAUAUGUACAAUUAAUGAAAAUGCUGCCAGUUUGAUGGGUACAACUCGUGCACCUGCCAAAUCAGAAAUCAAAUUGGUCCAAGAUAAUGUGCAUGGUCCUGAUGAGGAUAUUAUGAAAUCAUCAACCCCUGGUGUAAAUGAAAUUUUACCAAACAUUACUGGAUCACGUUCAACAAACACAAAAGCAGUGGAUGCUACAGGUAAAGCUUCUUUGACACUGUCAGAGGUACCUGAAUUGUCUGCAGGAGGUGAGAUCAGUACCUUAUUACAUGAUCCUGGGAAAUCAAAAUUAAAUAACAAUGCAGAUUUAAAACAUGAGUCGUGCAAGAGUAAAACCGCUGUAGACACCAGGGAGCCUAUGCUUCCGUCUUCAGAACCAGAGGCUCUUGCAAUUGGCAGUUCAGUUAAUGAACUAGUAAACUUACCCAGUGAGACUGCCACACAGCAGCCGUUUGCAAGAGAUGCGUCUCAAUCAUGCCAAGGACAUAGUGGAGCUGAGGUUCUUAAAUCGGAUGGUAAAGAAACUUCUCUGUUGGAAAGUGCACAUGUAAGCUCCACAGAAAUAUUCCCUGUGCAUCCAAGUAGCUCUGUCAUCCCACCUGGAGCUGAACUUUCUGAGGAGAAGGUUGUGGAGGCUGGUGAUGCUCCAUCUGGCUUCAGCUCUGGGAAGCCUGGUGCAGCUCUAUCUAACCUCAGUUCCGAAGUUGAAGCCAACGAGGAGGAAAAAAUUGUGGUGGUUUUUGAAGCUCCUCAUGUCUGUACUCAAGUUGUGCAAGUCACCGCAGAUGCAAGGCAGAGUGACAAUGAAAAUUCCCUUUCACAGAGUUGUACAGAGGUGGACUGUUCUGUACCUCCUAGUUCUGAAGUUGUAAGUACUCGUCCUGAGGAGGCAGUUAUUGUUGACGAGGAAAAAAUAUCGCUGGAUGAAUCUUGUUCACAAAGUCCGAAGACACGGACUGGUCAAGUACCUUCAUUUUCUGUGAUAGAAGAUGUAGUUAGGGGUGAAGAAUCAUCUUCAGUAGUGGCUGAAACAGACACUGGAAGCAAGUCAACAUGUACACCGAAAGAAAUCUUAACAGGGUCUACUGCAGGUGAUGUUUGCCCUGCAAGCAUUUGCACUACUGCUGCAUUCAAUGAUAACAUUAGCCAUAGUGAGUCAAUAAUGAAGGACCAUACUUUCUCGGCUUCUAUUGCAAGUAAUGUUGCAAGCAAGGAUGAGCAAACAUCUGAAGCUAGGAUUACUGCAGAAUUUCCAGUUGGUAAGCAAACUGAAUGUGAUCCUCCUGCAAGGAUUCCAAUUGGUAAGCAAACUGAAUGUGAUCCUCCUGCAGAAAUGAAUCCAGAUAACUCUGUUAACAAAUAUAGAUUUACGAUGGAAGCUGUUGCUGUGGCUGAAAUUAACAAUCAUCCUAUAUUGAAUUGUCAUACAUCGGCUACCACUUUACCAGAGACCAACAUAUGCAGGGCAACUGAAUGCGCACUGGAUGAGCAAGAAAACAAAUGUGGUUUUAAUGAAGUGACCGAUACAGCGUCUCUUGCUGCAUCUCAAGAAUCUGAGCAUCCUCAGAAUGCUAAUGACCUUGCAGAAUGCACUGCAGUCCAAUUGUCAAUUAUUCCUUUGUCAGGACGGACCGACCAACUGGAUCAGCAAGUGGACUUGCCUGCCAAUAUCAGUCACACAGAUAAUUCUUGUGAAACUAAAAUUACUAAAGAGACAGUAGAUGGUUGUGCUGUGUUAAAUGGUGGCAACUCUUCAAAUUUGCGUAGUCAAAAAUCGAAGAGAGAUGGCGAGCCUACUAACAAGAGUUCUAGUGAUGAUCUGACUCCUGAUGGUCCGGGUAAAGAGACCUCUGGUCAGUUAUAUGUGGAUCCUGACAGUAAAGAUAGUGGUCCUGCAGAAAUGAAUUGUUCCGAAGACCAUACUCUUCCAUGUGUGACCUCUGCAGAAAUGCAUGACGGAUGAAGAUUAGAAGCCAUACAUGGACAGUGCAGCAGAGUUUAAAGCAGAAUACGAGAAGUGGAGAAAUUAAAUGAUGAAAAUGUGGAAGAAGUAUGCAGAAUCAUUCUCCUCUUUCAUCGUUCCCAUCUCUCUUGCUAGAGUAACCAUAUUUCUACUUAUUUCCUCUUUUGUUCUGCAAGGGAAAGAAAUAAAAGGAUGGCUCCGAAAAGGAAGAAGAGCGAGGAGCAGAGAAUUUUUUUGCUGGAAUGGUCAGCAAGAACAGUUUCUUUGUUUUCUACCUGUAAAUUUUGAUGGAUUUCGUUGCGUGGAUAUAAGGGCCUUGCCGCUCUGAAAUACUUGUUUGCCUUUAUAGCAAUGCUCUGCAUCACAGAUUCGACUUGUUCUGGUGUUUGGCUUUGGCCUAUGUUGAUGUACGGUUCUGACCUUUGGUUAUUAUUCUAUCUGUGCUGUUGUGUUUAUUGUGCACCGAAUCUUGUUCAAUUUUUAAGUUGAUCAGCUUAUGUUUGUCUUUGUUAAAACAUUUGGUGCACAGAAUGGAAUUCUUUGGCUGGUCCACCAGCUUUGCCUA